CAGAUUUCUGCUCAGCGCUCUGCAAGAGGGUUUGAACUGGACCAACUUAGUGGAGAUGUAGAGCCACGGCUGCAGAGAGCUUGACAGCGCUCUCCUGAUCUACACUGGACUGAUAGGAUCCUCGAUGGAGGCUAAACCUGCCGGAUCAAUUGCUUUUUGGUAAUGAUGGAGCAGUGACUUGUUGAGGAGGUGCUGACCUGAGGUGACCUCUUACAGCUUGACUUCCACACAGAAGACCCAGAAACCAUGAUGAGAAGAUUUCUGAAGAGCCAGAAGGGCCGUUUCUCCCUUCGCCAAAGCCGAUCGGGAUCCCGCAGUGCCUCCAAAGAUUUCUACCCAAAUCCUAACGUGCUGAGAGAUUUCCCACUGAAUAUUGAACUGGCCCUCCCAGCAAAUAACCAGGGUUGGCCAGAGGAAUUUGGCUUUAAGCUGGGUGGAGAUGGACCCAGUUACAUCCUCUCUGUGGUGGAGGGCAGCAGCGCUUACAUGGCCGGACUGCAGCCAGGUGACCAGGUUCUGGAGAUCGAUGGGCAGAACGUCUCAUCCCUCAGCACUAAAGCCCUCAUCGCUCUGGCUCAGACCCUCAAGACUGUGCCACCCAGCAUUGGCGUUGUGUCUAGAAUUGAACAGAUGGACAUUGCCCCGGGGCCUGAUGGUCGUUUUGGCUUUACUAUAGUGGGAGACAGUCCCCUGCUGGUGGAGGACUGCAUGCUCAACUCUCCAGCCGGCCGGAGUGGACUGCGAGCAGGUGACUAUGUGAUGGAGGUGAAUGGGAUUCCAGUGAAACAGCACGAGACGGCGGCGGCCAUGAUCAAGGCCUCUCAGGGACGUACGCUGCGUCUGGGAGUGCUGCGGAUGAACCGCUGGCAGAAACGCACCAGCAGCAGCAUGAAAGAGACAUAUCAGAGCGGAGACAUGGUGAGGCAGGACCGCAAACAUAAAGCUCUGGAGUUCAACAAGAAGGUUGAGGAGAUUUUAGGGGAGGAGCCUGAGGUUAAAGAGAGGCUGUUUGAUUUGCUGAAGCAGUAUGCAAAUGAGAGGGAUGUUGAAGGUCUGGCAUCUACACUUCCAGAAAUACUGCUCACCGAGGAACAUCAGCAACUGAUUGACAGCAUCAGGAUCUUCAUCCCUAAGAAGCACAGGCAGCGCUUUGAUGAGAUGGUCUCCCAGAGUUUGAUCAGUCGCUUGAGGGGCCGAAGCUUCAGCGAGCACAGGAACAAUCGGCUACGGCGCAGCCGGAGUGAAGACCACCCCGAACGGCUGCUGUCUGUGUCCACUCGAGCCAGCUCUGUGCCCCGGACCGCCAAUGAGGAAGUAGUCAUGCCUCCUGCCCGUGGUCUCCGCAAGACCACCUCUCUCAUCGCAGGCCAUUCCAGCUCCUUCUCUACCCGCAGGACAGUACGAGUGUACAAAGGGAACCAGAGUUUCGGGUUUACUCUGCGCGGCCAUGCACCAGUCUGGAUCGACUCUGUAAUACCAGGCAGCCCUGCUGAGAAGGCGGGUCUCAAACCUGGAGAUCGCAUCCUGUUUCUCAAUGGGUUGGACAUGAGGAGCUGUUCACAUGAGAAGGUGGUGUCCAUGCUCCAGGGGAGUGGGGCAAUGCCCAGCCUGGUGGUUGAAGACGGCCCACCGGCCUUCACCAUGACCGAACCCGAACAGGUGGAGGUUUCUCCACGCUCCCGUGCUCCUGUGCUUAGCUCCCUUCAGUGGGUCGCCGAGAUCUUGCCUCCCAGUAUUCGUGUACAGGGUCGAACCUUCAGCCAGCAGCUUGAGCACCUUCUCACACUCCAAGAGAGAUACACCAUCUGCAAGGCCCUGGAGGCCUUCUUCCAGCACAGAAAUGUAGACACUUUGAUUGUGGACGUCUUCCCUGUGUUGGAUACCCCAGCAAAACAGGUGAUUUGGCAGUUCAUUUACCAGCUGCUGACCUACGAGGAGCAGGAACACUGCCAGAACAAGAUCUCCCGAUUCCUUGGCUAUAAAGUUACACCAGAACCUGAACCUCCAGCCCAUGAGCCUCAUAGGCGAAGCAGCUCCAUGAAGGUGACAGGAACCACCUACAGGAGCAGUGUGAGGGGACGCAGCUCAGAUGAUCUGGUUAUUGGCACUCACUUGGGCAUGGGGAUUUGUACUGAGCCGGUGGAGGUGGCACCUAUGAGACUGACUCCUGGAGAGAGACAAUCAGGAGACGGAACAUCCUUACCAGAGACACCCAACAAUCUGACUAAUCUGUCAGCUGUAUAUGCUGAGCUGGAGAAUGUCUAUGCCGGGAAGAGAUCCAAAUCCCUCAAGAGUCGACCUCCUCCAGCUCCUGAAACUCUGGUCAACAUAGACAUCUUCCCGCACGCUUCCUCACAGUCCAUCAGGGCACACUCUUCCUCUCCAUCUGUUCGGGCCACUUCAGGUAGCCGCAAAUCUGCAUCAGCACAGCCUGUGCCGCCGCCUCCACCACCACCACCACCUCCUCCACAACCUGACUCUUGGAUGCAGGAGCCUCCACUGAGUCCCCAGUGCCCCUUCUACCCUCCAGGUCUUCCCUCUCAAACCAGCGCUGAGUCCAACCCAUACAUCAGUUUAGACAGCCCACCUCUCUCUCCACCCUCACCUCCGGACUACCCCCCUAGUCCACCCAUUAGAAAGAAGCGCUACACCUUCUCACGUCCACCUCGUAGCUCUGACACAGAUUUGUUCAUGGAGGCUCUGAGCGAGCAGCUAGGACAGCAGUUAUCUGUGGAUGACUUCCUGUCACCAGAGAAUGACUAUGAAGAGGAUAUUGUCCAGAUGACAUUCCAGAAUGAGGAAGAGGAGGUAGAGGAGGAAGAGGAGGAGGAGGAGGAGGAGGAGGAGGAGGAGGAAGAGGGUCUGUACAUGCCUCCCGAGCUAAGCAGUCCAAGCGAAGUACAUAGUAGCAGCGAGGAUGCCAGCUCUCUUACCUACUCCUCUAGCUCAGAGCACAUUCCUCCACCCCCUCUGACUCCUCCUCCCCCUCCCCCCGUCCAAUUUAAUGACCCCCCUCCACCUGCUGGAUUCACCCCUGACCAUGCACCCCGACAGCUGACUUUCCGUCGCCACCCUGGACCUCCUCCGCCGCCUCCGCCAAGAGCCAACCCACCUCCAAAAAGACAAUCCAUUCACAAGGUGUUGCCCACACGUGAUGAGCUGAUGACCCAGCACCAAGUCCUUCAGGAGCACCACUCGCUUCCAGUUCAACCAACAGCCAGUCACCCUCAGCAAUCUCAGCAGCAGAUGCAUCAGUCUCUGCCCCCUAUGCCCUCUCCAGAAAUAAACCAGUCACCCAUCUCCAGUCAUGCAAUCUACGAGAUGCACCAUCAGGUUCAUCCAGCUCACCAGGUUCACCAACACCACCAGGUGCAACAGGAUCACCAGAUGCAUCCAAUCCAUCAAAAUAAACCAAGUCACCAAUCUCAGUCUAUUAAAGUGCACCAAAGCCACCACUCACACCAGCCUAUUCAGACUCAACUAUCUAGCUCCAUGGAUAGGCUUGAUAGGAUUGAAAGAAAGGAACGCUCGGAUAGGCAUAUCUAUGACAUCCAGCCCUUCCAUCCAGAUCAACAAGUACACCAUGCUUAUCAGAUGCAUCAGAGUCAUCAGGCUCACCUCUCAAGCUCCAUGGAUAGACUUGACCGUUUGGAGCAGAUCCAGCGUUUGGAACGCUUGGAGCACAUGGAGAGAAUCGAAAGACUGGAGAGGGUGGACAGACAAAUGCACCGGGCACACAUGGCAGUUUCUCAAGCUAUUCAACCAUCUCAGCAAACUCAGCAACAGUACCACCACCAGAUGCAUCAAGCUCCUCCGCCAGCCCGCCACAUUCACCAGAUUGAACACAUACACCAGGUUCAGCCAAUCCAGUCAGCUCCUCAGUACCACCAGAUUCACCAGCCCCACCAACCUCACCAGACCCAACAGAUUCUGUCAACCUUCCAGCCUCAUCCUUCACAACAGCAGCAACAGCAGCAGCAACAGCAGCAGCAACAGCAGCUUCAGCAGAUGCAGCAGCAACAACAACUUCAGCAGCAGCAACAACUACAACAGCAGCUUCAGCAGCAGCAACAGCUUCAGCAACAGCUUCAGCAACAGCAGAUUCAGCAGCAGCACGCUCAGCAGAUUCAGCAGCAGCAACAGCAUCGCUCAACCCCACAGAUUCCCCCCAUUACACAGGCCAGACAAAGCCCUCAACCCAUGUACCACGAACUUCGUCAUCACCAUCACCAUCACAGCCACCAUGAGGCCCUGUCCCAAACUCAAUCACCAAGUACACCCCAACCUCAAUCUCACCACCCCACUGAUGGGCCCGCUGUGGAGCCACCUCCUCCUCCACCUUUACCCCCACCUUGCAUGCCUCCUCCGCUCCCAAAGGCCUCACCACAAAAAUCAGACUCCAGUCAUAUGAGUGUAAAGCGGCUACGAUGGGAACAAGUGGAAAAUUCUGAGGGAACUAUUUGGGGACAGUUGGAGGAAGAUUCUGAUUAUGACAAGCUGAGUGACAUGGUGAAAUACCUAGACUUGGAGCUUCAUUUUGGGACCCAAAAGAGCCCUGUUUCUCUUCCAGAGCCCUCACCUCAGGUGGAGACUUUCAAGAAGAAAGAUGUGGUGGAGAUUCUCUCCCAUAAGAAAGCCUACAAUGCUUCAAUCUUGAUUGCCCAUCUGAAGCUGUCACCAAGCGAGCUACGCCAGGUGCUGAUGACGUUGUCAAGUGAACGUUUAGACUCAUCACAUAUUAAACAAUUGCUCCUAUACGCACCAGACGAUGAUGAGGUUAGACAAUACCGGCAGUACAGAGACGACCCAAGCAAACUCAGUGAGCCCGAUCAGUUUGUCCUACAGAUGCUAUCAGUGCCAGAGUAUAAGACCCGUUUGAAAAGCCUGCAUUUUAAGACUACGUUGCAAGAGAAAACAGAGGAGAUGAGGGGGGCCUACGACUGUGUUUUUAAGGCUUCACUGGAGCUCAAAAACAGCAAAAAACUGGCCAAGAUUCUGGAGUUUGUGCUGGCUAUGGGGAAUUAUCUGAAUAACGGCCAACCCAAAACCAAUAAAACGACUGGAUUUAAGAUCAAUUUUCUCACUGAACUCAGUACCACCAAAACAGUGGAUGGAAAGUCAACAUUUCUGCAUAUCCUGGUGAAAUCAUUGUGCCAUCACUUUCCAGAGGUUCUGGACUUUGGGAAGGAGCUUGAGAUGGUGCCACAAGCAGCCAAAGUGAAUCAAAGAAACAUCACUUCUGACUUCAAUGACUUGCAUGCCACAAUCCAGGACAUUCGUUUAGCCUGCCAGAAGAUGCCAGCCACCGCUGAGGAUCGAUUUGCCAUUGUUAUGAGCGGGUUUCUGGAAAACAGUCACCCUGCUGUGCAGUCUCUGGAGUCUCUGCAGCAGCUGGCAAUGGAAGAGUUCUGCAAAGUCGCAUCAUUCUUCGGUGAGGAUGGAAAGGCCACCACCACAGAGAGUUUCUUCGGUAUCUUUGCAGAGUUCAUGGCUAAAUUUGAGAGGGCUUUGAGUGAUAUCCAGACUACGGAAAACCCUCCACGCAGCCCCAGGAGCCCUUGCACAGCCUCUCCUGUAGCCUGGUGAAGAAACCACCCAACAAUACAGACUUACAGUACAUAAAUGUUCACUUACAUACUGUCCACUUCUAUACCUGUCCAGUCUAAAUUUAGUAAUAGCCUUAUGGUAAUUCAAGGACAUGUGUACAGUAGCAAACUAAUGCACAAGCACCAGGGUCCUGGCAAGUUAUAAAGCUGAACUCUCAGGCACAGACUGGACAGGAAAGCUUCAGAACAAAAGGUGAGGGAAAGAUUAGAAAUUGCUUUAAAACCCUUGACCAGAUUUGGUCUAGGACGUUCUUUACAGGAUGGACUGUGUGAUUGCUCUUGGCACUUAAAAACCAGGAAUGGAGUCAAAAGUUGGGGUAGCGGAUUCUGUAAAUCAUAAGUGCAGUUAGAUAAGAUAUUUAAUGUAAUUAGGACUGUGAGUGUCAGAUCUUGACUGACUUGAUAUUUUAAUAAAGUUGUUGUUUAGGAGAAGUGCUUUAACAGUGUGUCUUGAUUCUGCUUAAAUGUAUUUAAACAACCUGGGUUGGAGUUGUCAGUUGGUCACUGUACUGUAAACAGAUAUUUUGAUGAAUUAAUGUCUUAAAUGAUAAAAAAAGUCAUUCCUCGUACGCAGAAUGUUUAAGUGCAAUAUAUUAUAAAUUGUUGAUGAAGAUUUCUUUUUAAAAAACUGCAUAGAUAGAGAUAUAUUAUUGUACAAGAGAUGCAGUUCUUAUAUUGUUGCUUUACUAGCUAUGAAAAACAAUGAUGAGCUACAUUAUGACUUCACUAUAUGCAUUUGGUAUUUUUAAAUAUUAACUUUUAAUUAACAUUUAACUUUUGUGCUGCUUUUAAUUCCUUAUUACCAUAGCGAAUCAUAUGAUUCCUGUAUCAUUCUGUUCAUUGCACUGAGUUAUAAUGAAUGUUUAAAGGAUCAUAUGGAACUUUCCGUAUGAUUUGUAUUCAACUAUUUGAAUGUAAAAAUUGUUUAAAAAAAAUCACACAUAUGAUUCAGUCUUUAUCAAAGUGUUGACUGUUUUUCCAGGUGUAAAAAUCUUAUAUUUAUAUAGUAAUAUUUAUCACGCGAACUCAUCUUUUUUUAAUCACCACCGAAUGUAAGGAACCAGGGGCUUGUAAUAUGAAAACAGAAAAUGUAUGUAUGAACAUAGCACAUUUCCUAGCUGUCAGUUGUUAUUAUUAUUUAUGGGUCAUUAUUUCAAUGGCAGUAAAGUUUUCUACAAACUUUAAACUGUUUUAUUUUUAGGACAUGUUUCACAAUGUUAAUAGCUAAUUUCAUGCUCUCCUCAUGGAUGGGAUGAUGGCCCAAAGAAAUAAAUUGAAUGACUUGAACUUGAAAGUGCCAUAUAAGACAAAUUAAUAUCUGGUGGUGAUACUGUAAAUGCAAAAAACACGUACAGGGCAGUACAGGACUUUUACUAUUGUUCAUUUAUUUGAGAAAUUACAUGGUUUAUUUUAGAGUUUGUUUUCCUUUCUUUUGUAAUGUAUCAUGUAUAAUAAAUGUUGUUGCUUCUACUGAGUAACUCUGUAUAAGUGAUGUUGCAACAUUGUUCUGUUGUCAUUACUGUUUUGGUAAUAAAACGCCCUUACAUUUUA